AUGUCACCUCCAGCAAGCCUUCCCGCCCGCCGCUUGGCCAAGACGGGCCCUGAGAUUACCGCCAUCGGCGUGGGUUUGAUGGGACUCAGCGUCGCCUACGGCAAGCCAUUGCCUGACGAAGAACGUCUCGCCUUUCUCGACCGCGCGUGGGAGUUGGGCGCCACGAACUGGGACACGGCCGACGCCUACGGCGACAACGAGGACGUCCUCGGCAAGUGGUUCGCGCGGCACCCCGAGCGCCGCGCCGACAUCUUCCUGGCGAGCAAGUUUGGCCUGCGCGUCGUGUUCGACGACGCCGGCUCGUACAGCGUCAAGAUCGACAGCUCGCCCGCGUACUGCCGCGAGGCGUGCGAGCGCAGUCUGCAGAGGCUCGGGGUCGACAGCAUCGACCUGUACUACGUCCACCGUCUGGAUGAGGUGACUCCCAUCGAGAAGACGAUCGAGGAGAUGGUCAAGCUGAAGAACGAGGGCAAGAUUAAGUACCUGGGCAUCUCGGAAUGCUCCUCAGCCACCCUCCGCCGCGCCCACGCGGUCCACCCCAUCUCGGCCGUACAGGUCGAGUACAACCCGUGGUCCCUCGAGAUCGAAGGCGCCACCGGCACGAACCUGCUGCAGACCUGCCGCGAGCUCGGCGUCACCGUCUUCGCCUACUCGCCGCUCGGCCGGGGCAUCAUGACGGGGCGGUUCAGGUCGGUCGACGACUUCGACGAGGAGGACGUGCGCCGGAAAAUGCCGCGGUACGCGGGCGACAACUUCCGCAAGAACACGGAGCUCGUGGACAAGUUCGCCGCGAUCGGCAAGGAGAGGCACGGCUGCACGGCGGGCCAGCUCACGCUCGCCUGGCUGUUGGCGCAGGGCGAGGACGUGAUCCCGAUCCCCGGCACGAAGCGGGUCGAGUUCCUGGAGGAGAACAUCGGGGCGUUGAAGGUCGCGUUGGGCGAGGAGGAGGAGAAGGAGCUGAGGCGGUUGGUCGACGAGGCGGACGUGCAGGGAGAGCGCGGCGCCUUGCUUGGGAACUACUCUGAUUCGCCGGCUCUGUAA